UAAGUCGACUCGCGCGGUUCAAUCUGCUUCAGUCGAAGAAGAGGGAGAUUCAAAAGACAGCUGCUGUGACAGCGAUUAAGUUUUCAGCAUGUACAAUGGUGACAUCAGCUGCACAGUCGUUCGAAUCGAACCUCUUCACGAGCGCUGGGACCUCGUGGAGGUGUGUGCCGAAUUACUCAAUGCCCAAUGGCAGCGCAGCAUGGGGGCACGAAUCCACUCGCUCCGUCAGUCGAGUCACAGCUAUCCGGUGUGUCUGUUGCUGCUGAGUGGAGAGAGGCGGAGUCAGGAUGAGAAGCUAAUAGGCCACGCCCGCUUGUCCCGUGUUCUGGGAAGCCGUAGUCUGUUUGUGGAAUCGGUCGUGGUGUGUAGCACAUUACGAGGGAAGGGUUAUGGCCGUGUCCUGAUGGAGGGGGUUGAACGGUAUGCAAAAGGACGGGGCUGCACCCGAUUGUGCCUAACCACCCAUGAUAAACAACACUUCUAUGCCCAUCUAGGGUUUGUGCUAUCCAAACCUGUCCAAAAUGUCGGGACGUUGGCCUCUUUCAUGCCCAUGGAGUUGCUGCACAAGUUCUGUAGAAGCGCAGAGAGCGAGGAGGAAGGAAGGAAGAGUGAUGAGUUAAACAAUCCUGCACCAUCUACACCUUCCAUCUUACCUCCUCCACCACCUCCUCCUUCACUCUCCGGUCCACCUCCUCCUCCCCCUAUUUCUGCUCCUCCACCUCCUCCUUGUCCUCCGUCAUCUUUGGCUCCAGUUAAUCAGACUCUCGAGCAAACACCGUACACCGACAACAGAGGGCUGCCCAUCUUCUGGAUGCACAAGGACAUCUGAGACUCAUGCUACACUCCUGUCUGCUUUAUUCAGGGAUACACAAACACAGUGUUUACGGGACAAGAAGAAUCUUGUAAACUUGAACUGUACUGACUGAAAAACUGUGACAAUCUGAAUGUGCCUCAUUACCAAAGUUUACUUUGUGUUUUAGGUACUAUUUGAUUGAUUAAAAAAAACAAGUAAAAUCAUUA